UGCAUUGCUACAUAGUUGUGUAAGUUUCCAGCGUCUUCCAGGAGAAAUAGUCUUCGGGGUCGCAGGCUGUUGUUGAGAAAACAUAAAGUCUGGAAAAAAACAAUACAUUCUCGUUAAAGUUAUUAGCGACUUAACUCCUUCGGGAGGAAACGAUAAGAUUUUGUACAGAGGCGAUCAAAGGUUGACCAAAACGCUGUAUUGGAGGGCUUCGAUAGCGUAAAAAGAAGAGGGGCCUGUCAAAUAUGUCCGCCUCUUCACAGGCAUCUUCCAGGCGGCAAUGGUGCUACCUCUGCGAUUUGCCCAAGAUGCCUUGGGCUAUGAUAUGGGAUUUUAGCGAAGCUGUAUGUCGUGGAUGCGUUAACUAUGAAGGCGCGGACAGAAUUGAGCUCCUUAUCGAGACGGCGCGGCAGCUUAAGAGAACACAUGUAAUGCAGGAUGGCCGAUCGCCCGGCCCUCAGUCUGGUAAACACGGUCCAGGUGGUAAAGAUGGCCCCAUGGAAGGCGGCAGACAGCCGCCAGAGCGCUUUGAGAGAGCAAGAGGAGAAUAUGGGGUGCCAGCACGACUUCCAAAUGGACUUCCCAGACUCGACGACGGGGUUCCCCAAGAGGUUAGUAGACAGAGCCCCAAUGCAAGAAGCAGGGCUAUGGUGAGCACUGUCCCACCUAACUUAAUGGCACAAGGUUUAGUUGGUGGCCCACAUAGCUUGCUGGCUGCUGUGCCAGGCUUGAAUGCCAGGCCUGGGGCAGCCCCACUCACCAUCUCUGCCCCCAUCCUGAACGAGAUCAGCAAGCGUCAGAUGCUGGGCAUGGGCGUGGCACCUUUCAUCAACCCCGAAAUCGAGAAGGAGCUGAAGGAGAAGCAGCGCAAUGCGGAGGCGCUCAACGAGCUGUCCGAGAGCGUCCGCAACCGCGCAGAAGACUGGGCCGGCCGUCCCAAGCCCCUACGCGACACACUGCUCACGCUCGCCAGCUGUUCGCCGUUCAAUGUGCGCUUCAAGAAGGACCACGGCCUGGUGGGCCGCGUCUUCGCCCUCGACGCCAAGACAGGGCCCGAGACGGAGCUGAAGGUGUUCGUGGAGUACCCGUGCGGCUCGGGCAUCGUCUUCUCCAGCCUGGUCAUGCUGGUCAAGCAGAUGUUCCAGGACUGCCAGAAGGACGCCGGCAAGGUGAUCACGUCGGGCUACAAGUACGUGGAGUACGAGAAACGCCACGGCUCGGGAGACUGGCGCCUGCUCACGGAGCUCCUCAGCGACGGCGUUCGCACCUUCAAGGAACCGCCCAACCCCGACGCGCUCCCGCAGCCGUACCUGGACGCCAGCUACUCCAUCCUGCCCACCGCGCUCUGCCAGAUGGGCCGCCCUGGCAUGUCGCGGGUGCGCCGACGCAAAGCGUCCCCCGAGCCGGACGGCGGCGGAGGUGGUGGUGGUGGUGCCAGCGCAGCAGAGAGGCUGGCCAAUGAGGAACAGCUGCGGCAGCACUGGGCGCUCAGCGGCUACCCGGGCAUGGCCGCUCACAUGGCGGCCGCCGCCGCUGCGGCCGCUGCCGCCUCCAUGCCCAACAGCGGGCAGCCGCCGGCCCUCCAGGAAGCCCUGGCCAACAUCCACGGCAGCGACCCCUCGCCAAUCACGGCGCUCAUGAACGUGGCCGACAACGUGGGCGGCACCGGGCAGUCCCCUAAGGACGCCCCGGCGGGCAGCUCCGGCAUGCCCCACUCGGCCUCGGCCUCCUCCUCUGGCGCCGGCUCGGCCCUGCGGCAGAACAGCGGCAGCCCCAUGGCGGCGUCCCCUGCCGGUCAGCGGCGCCUGGCGUCGCGGAACGGAGAGUCCGGCGGCGGGGCAUCGGCGGGCGGCAGCAACUCGGGCCCUGCGGGAGCCGCCACCGGAGGCGCCAUGCCGUCGGAGCAGGCGGCGGGUACGGGCGGCGAGGCCUCAUCCGGCGCUGGCGGCACCAGCAGCAGCGUGCCACUCUGCUGUACCAUCUGCCACGAGAGGCUGGAGGACACACACUUCGUCCAGUGCCCGUCCGUGCCCGGGCACAAGUUCUGCUUCCCCUGCACCCGGGAUUUCAUCCGCAGCCAGGGCUCGGGCAGCGAGGUGUACUGCCCCAGCGGAGACAAGUGCCCCCUCGUGGGAUCUAACGUGCCCUGGGCCUUCAUGCAGGGCGAGAUCUCCACCAUCCUGGCCGGGGACGUGAAGGUGAAGAAGGAGAGGGACCCGUAAUGCCCACCACUGCGGACACAGGGUCCAAUUCCUCUACCAAGUGAGCUGCAGCCUUGAACCCCAAAGAUGCUGUGACUACACAGCAAUCAGCACUGAAGAGAAGCCGUCAAUCAAGCAGGUCCUCUUCCUCACAGCCAAUCACCCUCCACCCCCCCAUACCCCCCAAGGGUGGUGUCACAAUGAUGCCCAAUCCCUGACCACCACCUGUAGGGUUGCCCUCUUGCCCCACCCCUAAUAUGUUCUUAUUGCCGCCCAAAAGUCUAUAUGUAGAAAUCUAUUAGUGAUUUUGUAUCCUCAAAUGCAUAGGCAAACUAUAUAUAGUUAUAGGCUGUAUGAAAAUAUUUUAUAAUUUAACCUUCUUGUCAUGUACUCUGCCCGUUGUCACAGAGCAGCCUAUGUCUUUCGCCAACCAAAAAUUGCACCUCAAGGACGCACUGUCAAAUCUCACUUUGAGAAUGAAUGCUGACAUCACUGAAUGUCCCUAUAGACCCAGUUAGGCUUGGGUUGUGGGGAGAAAGCCUGUGCUUUGUAAACAAAAACAACAACAAUGAGAGAUGUUGAGGCGAGGUGUACUGCUAGGCAGCCACUCUCGCCUCUGCUAUUGCCUACGCUGACUAAAGGUGGCAUGGCAGGAACAUGGGGCUACCACAUGCCGAUAGCCCUCUAAAAAUGAAUAAGUAAAUAAAUAAAUAAAAAGAUUUAAAAAAUGCUCUCACCAUAUCCCAGCCAUGCCUAUUUCAAAUCCAGCAUGUACAAUAUAAAUCUGUCUUUAUAUUUGAUAUACUGUAUGUAGAUUGUAAACAAAAAAACAUCAAAACAUCCCUUUCACUAGAAGUGCAAUCUCUAGUUUUGAUACUUCAUACGGCUUUAAGUACCACUAAGUAUAAGUGAAUAGAAAACCAAAGAUAGAUUGUUGCAGAGAUCGGUGUAUAAUACAACGCUGUAGCGUAUAUUUUUGUGGUAAAAUGGCUUUUUAUUUCAUUGAUAAACAGGGAAGUAUAUGGGAAUCACCUUUUUCUGUCCCGUCAAGUGGACACAGUAGAUUGUAUGACGCUCACCCAGGUGAUUAUAUUUGUAUUGACCUAUGAUCCUUGACCCAGUGAAGUUGAGAUCAACUACAUACUGUAGGUGUGAUGUUUGGUGAAAUGUACAAAAAAAACUGCAGAUGUAAUAACAUUGUUUUAAUUUUCUACAAUUCUACAAGGUCCAGAUAUAUAUUUUUAUUUCAACCGUAUGACAUGUCUGAAGGCAUACUUUCCGAGAAAGAAAGUUGCCAAACUUUUGCUCUUGAAAUUUUAGUUUAAAGACAUUUCUUGAGUACUUUUUUCAUUUAAUGAUUUUUAAACUCCUGUACUGUUAAACAUCUGAUGCCCUGGAUAUACAACAUGGUAAUGUAUAUGUCAACGUACCUACUCAAACACUUAAUUCUGUGUAAAAUGUUAAAUCUGCUUUUGUGUUAAGGCUACAAUUAUAUUUAAAUUAAAAGUAUGACAGGCUUUUGACAAUCCUUGAAUAAAGACGGCCCAAUGUCUGUUAUGGCCAGAAGUCAA